AUGGCUCGUGGUCGGCUGCCGUGCUCGGGGUCGGCGUGGCGGGGCGUAGCGCUGCUGCUUGUCGGCGUGCUGCUCUCGCUCGAGCUACAUCGCACCCUCGCGGUGCUGCCCGCGGUUGCUGCUGCGCCAGCGACCCCAGGCGCCACCCCCAACAGCUUCUACCGCUACCACUACCAUGUGCGCCGCCUCCCGCCCUUUCUGCGCAACCACCUCAAGCGCGCACAAGGCCAGGGGGGAGGGGGGCAGCCGCCAUCGAGCGGGCUACCAUGCACACCGCUCACCACAGCCGUCAUCAUCCCAGUCACCUCAGAGAACGACAUGGCCCGGCGCCUGCAGUACCCGCCCACCACCAGCGUGAUCCUGGAGGUGCAGAGGCACAUUCUCCUCACGGCGCCGCUGCUCUUCAACGCCUCCUUCUCCUGCACCGUGCUGCGCUCCGCGCCCCGCCCCGCCCGCGGGUUUCAACUCACGCUGAUGCGCACGGACGCGCCGCUGCUGCGCAUAGCGGGCGCCAGCAACGUGGUGGUGCUGCGCGUGUCCUUUUUCCAGCCCUACGCCCUUGACACCUUCGCGUGCCAGGGGAUACCGUACGUGGGCACUGACGUCAUCUGCCCCGCCAUCCACAUCUACCAGGCGGCCAACGUGCAAGUGGCACGGGGCACGGUGUACGGGCGGGUGGACGUGUUGUGGUCGGUGGCGGUGCGUGUGGACGGCAUGAAGGUGACGGGGGUGGGCGACUUCAAGCGCGGCCAGGGGCUCAUCCGCGUUGCCUUCUGCGGCCACGGCCCCACCAUGCAGCACAGCGCUGUCGUCAUCAGCAACAAUGAGGUCUUUGGAGCGCGCUUCCCCAUAGUGCUGUAUUUCGGGGCGGUGGGCGUGACGGUGCGCAACAACUACGUGCACGACUUCAUCUUCGGCGGCAUCGUGUGUGGCGCAUUCGUGUCGUACGUGGGCGACUGCAUGCUCGCCACCAUCUCCAACAACCUCGUGGUGGCCACGGGGCGCAACAUCAGUGGCGACAUGGACGCCAGCGGCAUCUACUUCAACACGCACUGGUUCAACCCCGGCAAUCUAGCGGAGUGCAACUAUGUGAUUGGCGGCGACCAGUGCUACUACCUCGACUUCGCAUCGUCUGGUGUCACCAUCCGAGGCGGGGCGUGCAUCGACACGUACGCAGGCAUGAAGGUCAACAACGGCAAGAGGUAG